UCCUAGAUAAAUUCAUGUCAAAAGAAUAAAUAUUCAUAUAUUCAAUACCAAAUUGAUUGUCGGGUCAUUUGUCUGUUGAUAUGUGUAUUUUACCGACGCAAAAAAGCUUAACCAGUCUAACGGACAGCUUUUCGAGCGUCGGCAGUGAAGCAUUCGUGCAUGCGACUAAUUUCGGAAAGAAACCCUCUUUAGAACCAAAAUUCCUGAUCGUCGGCGCUGGUGCUGCCGGUAUAGCUUGUGCUGCGUCACUACUGUUGAAGGGCUUUAAGUGUGUUACAAUUAUCGAGGCAGAGAAUCGAAUCGGCGGACGAAUUUACACGAAAUCCUUUAGUCAUAACAUUGUGGAAUUGGGCGCACAAUGGUGUCAUGGCGAGAAGGGUAACAUCGUCUAUCAAAUGGCACAAGGCAGAAAUCUGAUGGGUUCGUCAAGUGCCAUCUAUACGAAUUUCGAUUGUAUACGGUCCGACGGCGAAUUGGUGCCGAAUGAUGUUGUGAAAAAAUUGAAAACUUUACUCGCACAGAUAUUUGCUAAGCGCAACAACGAAUUGCCAACAUUCGAGGGUACACUCGGUGAGUAUCUCUCGAAGAAUUUCUACAAGAUGCUUUCUGAUGAGGAGUACAAGGAUGUGAGCUAUGUGGUGGCGAAAGAAUUUUUUGAGAAUUUCCUCAAAAUUGAACGCUCUGAAACAUCUGCAGGUGUGGACGAAAUAUCUGGUCGCGGUUUUCAAAGCUAUGCGACCUGUGAUGGUGAUUAUUUGUUGCACUUCGAAGAGGGUUUUUUGCAGUUCCUACGUACCCUGCUGCGUGCAGAUGAGCUGCACAAUGAUUUAGGCGUACUCGAGGAUAAAAUUCUCUUCGGCAUACGUGUGAAAGAGAUCAUUUGGGACCGCAAAGAUUACAAAGUGGAGGUAACUUGUGAGAACACAAGCGCUGCCUUUCUAGUAGAUCAUGUUAUAGUAACAGUACCACUGGGUGUACUGAAGAAAAAGGCGCAACAGUUGUUUAGUCCGGAACUACCAGCAGCAAAAUUGAAUGCCAUCGAUGGUUUGGGCUUCGGUAGUAUUAUGAAAUUAUUCUUUGAAUUCCCCAAGCCAUUUUGGAAUAGUCAUUGGUCCGGGUUUGCUUUGCUUUGGCGCGAUGAGGAUAUGGCUGAGGUGCGUGGCAGUACUCGCGCGUGGUUGGAGGAUAUCUAUGGAUUUUAUAGAGUACCAAAUCAGCCAUGUGUACUCGUCGGAUGGCUUGUUGGCUCUCAUAUAUCAGAAGUCGAGCAAAUGGCUGAUAUUGACGUGAUUGGUGGUUGUUUGUAUUUAUUAAGACGCUUCUUACCGCAAUGGAAUAUACCCAACACGGUUGAAUUCAUUAAAUCCACAUGGGAUACUAAUCCGAACUUUUGCGGCUCUUUUUCAUUUCGUUCCCUAAAAACCGAAGAACUCGCUACAUCGGCAGCAGAGUUGGCGCAACCGAUUACAGUUCUGGCGGACGCACCAACUUAUGGCAUGAGUUCGCUUGUGAGAGGCGGUCUAUCUGUGAAGCCGAUAGUACAAUUUGCCGGGGAAGCUACACACGAUUACUACUUUGGUACGGUACAUGGCGCGGUGGAAACGGGUAUACGAGAGGCUAAGCGCUUACAGGGUUACUACUCAGUCGAUAUUUAAUAAAUAAAAUGCGAAAUGCAUGAAAUUAAAAAAAA